AUGUAUAGAUCUGCAAGUUGGAACCGUGGGACGGAAGACUACUCAUCUGCACCACCUAAAGGGUUGUGGAUGGGCUCCAUGAUUGGUUCCCUUGACGAGGACGAACUACCUUCGUACAAUAAUCCACCAGAGGAGAUGAUCAAGAAGGAGAAGUCACGUGCCAAGUUCGCAGAAAACGCUAUUCACAUCAUUCCUUUUGUUCUUCUUGCAUGUGCCCUCGUCCUAUGGCUCUUCUCAAAUCCAGAUGUGGAUGUUGGGAUGAGAGAGGAAUCUAUUGCGGCUAGGAUUGAAGGAUUGACCAUCGAAGGAGACAUUGACAACGACAGCGAUGGAACUCAGACUGGUUUCUUGGGAGCCACCUUAGAACUCGGUGGUGAUUCAGACAAACUGCACCAAGUUGAUCGGAACAGACGAGCUUCAAGGAAACUGAUCAAAGGUUUCUACUAG